GGAAGCUUGCAUUGUUGAUUAAACGCCAGAACAUCAAUACUGCUUUUCCUGACUGAAUAAGUUACUUCCUUUUCUUGAAUAACAGUUCCUAAUUAGUGAAAAACAAAGUUUUGUUAUCAAAGAUCAAGAAUCAAGUAUUUAGAAAUUCGUCGAAUAUCGUUUCAAUUGUCUAUUUACAAUGGGUGGGGCGUUCAAUUUUCAAUUGAACACAGUGUGUGUAAAGGAUAGAAAACAUUAAGAAAAGGAAAGUAAGAGAGAGAAGGAGAGAAAGGAAACAAGUCACACAGCUACUGCAGCGACCUCUAGAUCUAUGUUUCCAGUCGCUAGUUAUUGUGGACGUCGGCAAUUUUUAUUUUCUAUCAACGUUAAAAAGCAGUGUUUUUUUUUAUAAGUGAAACACAAUGUCUCAGUGAAAAUUCGACAAUCCCUGAACUAAAGGUUUCAAGUGGAAAUGAGAGAAAGAUAUUUUCGCUUAUGUUAAAAUGGAUCAUCCAACCACGAGGAAUACUUGAAAAAAAUCAAAAGUCAAAGAUUCGAAAAUGGGCAGAGCAUAAAAGAUUAUAGGAGGAGUGGAUGGAUUCGUGUAUAUAUUGGAGAGCCGGAUGCUAUGGUCAUUCAGGGGACGAAAACCUUGUGCACUUUGCGUUUUGAAACACGUUUCAAAUACAAGCUUCUUCUAUAUACAUUUUGAAGAACUUUUGUGAGGCCUGGUAGAAUCCUAUGCGCGAAUGGGUAGUGGAGUCUGCAGGAGUUCUGAAUCCCGCAUCGAGGGACUGUCCUGGAGUCGGUACCUCGUCAGGUCCUGUCGUGAAGGAGGUUCCAUUUAGCACGGGAAUUGGUGGACCCAGUGCGGGGUGUAAAACAACACCUCAGCACAAUUCUCAAACGAGGCAUCCUCUACCGAAUUUUUCUCAGGAAACUGUCGAGUCACCAGCAACUGCGCCUCUCCUGCACAUCAAUAUCUGCACACAGGAGAAUACAAUGCGCGGUCCAGUACUCAACAUAAGCCCCGGUUUGACUGCCAACGGUGUAGAUAUGGAGUAUCGCAGAAAUGCACAAGGUACGAGUCAAAUUUAUAGACCAACUAGUCAAGACGAUGGUAGAAAGAGUGAAUCGCCAUCGCGAAAACGUCGCAGAAUUUCUCGCAAUAGCACAGUUUCUGGAAUUGAAGUUCAAGAGACAACGCCACCAGUGGCGAGUGCACCGACGAUACAUGCACCAACACAACCGUGGGAAUUGGCAGCGCCACCACAGAGACGAUCACCAGGUAUCCAUGUACGUGAGAGUGCACUAAUGAGGCAUCGUUAUCAACGUUUAUCUGAGACCUAUGCACAAACGUGCCCAUUUCUUCAGGGUGUACACAAUCCUCAUUUGCCUUCUUCACAUAAUGUACAUCCGGGAUUACACAACAAUCAUCACAAUAUUCACAAUCCACAUCAUAGUCUUCACGCUCACCCGUCCCAUGCUCAUCAUCCAAGUGGAUCGUCGCAUCAUCCUGCUCAAGGUACAAGUGGACCCGUUGUCGUUGAAGUUGGUCAAGUCGGAGUUUCAGGUUUGGGUGUCGCUGUAAGCGGUGAUACACUCUGGCAUCCUCAAACCGCUGGCUACAGACUCCCUUGUCAACUUCACGGAUAUUAUACACCCGCUGGACCGCACGCGUUCGCUCAUUCUUGUCAGGUGGCACAUCCUCAUCAUCAUAGUCAUUAUUCGGCUCCUCCCGGACAUCAUGCUCAUCCACCGCAUACUAAUCAUCCAACGCAUCCGACGCAUCCGACGCAUCCUGUACAUCCUGGACAUUCAGCGCAUCCUGGACAUCCUGGACAUCCAGCGCAUCCUGUACAUACAACGCAUCCAGGACACUCGAGUCAUGCCCUGGUAGGAUCUCUCGUUGGACCUCCCACUCGAGGAUUCCCGGCUCCAGGACCAGUCACUGCACUUCAUCAUGCGCAUCCACCACCACCGACGGUCCACCCGACGCAUUACACUGCUCAUCAUCAAUUAACUCAGCCUAGAGAAGUGGAUUUGGAGAUAUUAAGUUCUCAUAGAGGCGGUAAUCCGGUACCACCGCCACUCCCGAUAACUCAACCUUACAAUCCACAAACGAUAACGCAUGUUGCGCAACCACCCUCAUUUUUCCUGUCCGACGUGCGUGGAAAUCAGUUGGAAAGGAUACAUGCAAGAAGCAGCUCAGUCAAUAAUGUCCGCAGGCCCAGGAACAGACCCAGCUGGCGGCGACAGUCAACUUUACCGCAUUCACCGUUCCCGGGACUGUUGUUCCAUUUCCUAACAAUGUUCAGUAAUCCACCAUUGUCGCCGUAUAGUCAGGCGGAUCUCUCAGCGGCAGAUGCAUUAGAAAGUGAAAACUAUGAGACACUAUUGUCACUUGCCGAGAGACUCGGCGAAGCCAAAGCAAGGGGUUUGUCGCGUACGGAAGUUGAUCAAUUACCUUCAUACAAAUUCGAUUCCGACACGCACGAAGGCGAUCAGACAAAUUGCGUUGUUUGCAUGUGCGAUUUUGAAGUAUUGCAAUCGCUUCGCGUUUUGCCAUGCUCACACGAAUUUCACGUCAAGUGCAUCGACAAAUGGCUCAAGUCCAAUAGAACGUGUCCAAUCUGUCGUGGCGAUGCCGGGGAAUAUUUAAACAAUGGAAGUUCAACUAGCGAUUGACGUCAUGAUGGACAGGCGCAUUAGCGUCAAUUAUCAGGUUCGAGACAAUUCGUCCUGGCCCAACUUCCAAUCAUCACGUUACUGGUUUGUUCAAAUUUGUACCGAUAAUUGGCCUCAUAAUACUUUCUUUUCAAAUUAUCAAAAAAAAAAGAACCUAUUAUAACGUGAGAUUUAUAAUAUAUAUACAUAUAUAUUAUAUAUACACCAGAUUAUACUCGGGAAGCGUGAUGACGAUUUUCUUUAUUGGGAUAAUAUUAUAAUAAUUCACCAUAUAGUAGAAGUCGUCCUUGUUAGCUUCUGCCAAAGAGGGACAGCAAAGGCAUCUUGACAUUGUUUGCAAUCAAAGAUGAGUGUUUGUUAGAAAUAUUAUCGUACUUUUUUUAUUUGUAAUUUGUACGAGAUUUCUUUAUCUGUUUAUUAUUAAUUAUAUACAUAUAUAUUUUUUCUGUUUAUCUUUUUAUCUAAUUUAGGGUUUUUAAUUGUUGUGCGCAUUUCGCUCGCAAAAGAACUAACUCUUUUUUUUUUGCAUUAAAAAUAAAAGCUAGAUUCAAUGUUAAUACCACUUGUGAAAAAGGGAAGGUGUGAAAAAGGUUGGACGCAAUUUGGAAAUUUUCUACGUUUAGAAAAAGGGGAAUUUGUUUCGUUUCGAAUUGUUGAGGGCUAAAAAAAUAUACGUGCAACCAGUCUGUGUGCAUUCAUAAUACACACUUUUUUUUUUGGUGUGUAGUAAACGAAACACUUUCAUUAUAAUAUGUGUAUAUAUACUGUUUGACUUUUUUCGUCUACAACAAUAUUUUAAUUGUUUCAUCUUGUGAAUGUCAAUGUAAAUAUGCAAUUGAAGGACUUAUAACCAAAACUAGCGGUUAGGGUUUCAGCAUUGUUUUUGUGAGAGAUGAGAAUUUUUCCCUAUGAUAUGAAAAAAUUGUAUGAGUGUGUACGUGUUUUUUUUGCAGGCCAGGUGAUUGUUUUUAAACUUUAAGAAGCUAAUUUCUAGGUAUGUUUAGUAAGUUUAGGUGCUCUAGAUAGGAAGAAUAAUUUUUAAUAAUUCAGGUGUCUAUUUUUUCCAAAAAGAAAGUUUUCUUUGGUAUUUAAGUUUCGUUUGGUAUUUAAAUUUUGUUUUUAGCUUUCAGAAAUUAUUCCCUCCCGCGAAAAAAAGAUAAUAGUAAUUUUUUUCUUGUAAAGGGUGUGAAAGGUCCUUUUUUUAGGGAGGGAUUGUCGCAAAUCGCGAAGAUCAAUGUCGUCCGAGUUCACGAAAAAAAAAUACUAUUAACAAAAAAAGAAAAGAAGAAAAACUAGACAAAUUGAAAGAAUAUACGAUAGCAGCUUCUGUUUCCUGCGUAUCUACCUCUAACAGAAGAAAAUGAGACGAUUAAUAUUUUUUUAUAUGCGCAUCUCGUAAAAAGAUAGAAAAAAACGAAAAAAAAAAUACUAAAAAC